AUGAAUACAUUAAAGACCAUUGGACGUGGUGCCUGUGGCACUGUAUGGGCCUCUGAGACAGGGCCUGCCUACAAAAGAGAAGAUGGCAAUCCAGCACGAUCCCUGACAAACGAUUUCACAAUGCACCAACGAGUACUCCAAAGCCAAACAUUUCUCACAAACUCCAUCCCAUCAACACAGCUCGCGAUCCAAAUCCCGUUGUGCCACAAUUUCAUCAAACCGGAGGACGAAGAGUGGUGGUUUCAAAAUCACGAUAUAUUCCCCCAAGGCCACACACCUUGCAACAUGAUUGAAAGCCAACGAAUCCCAGCAUUUGAAGAAUCGACUCGGACUCUGCUGAUUCAAAAGUUCUGUCCAGAGGAGAUCAAACAGGUUAUCAUGGACAGUGAGCCAGAUCGAGAUUGUUUAAUCCGCCCGUAUCUCGGCAGACGUCGAACCCAUUCUCCAAGUUCUCAAACAUCUUCACGAUUCAGAGCAUUCUCAUUGCGAAACUAUCCACUGCAUGAGGAUCAGAUGGAAGAGCUGGGCAUUUCGACCGACGAUAUUCAGCACUAUGCCCGAAUCAUGGCAGACGCUCUCGCCAUGAUGCAUUGGGUUGCUAGGAUAGAUGCCAGCGAUGUCGAAUUUGUCCUCGCACCUCCACAUCACAACGGUCACCGUAUCGAGAAUUUGUUGGGAGAUCAUGCCAUGUGGCUGCUGGACUUUGAUGUGUGCCGGGAUAUGAGUAUGGAUAUCAACGGCGUUGAACAGGCCGUGAAGGCAUUCUGGAGGAAUGACCCGUUCUAUCCUCGGCCAGGGAAGGCUCUCUGGAAGAUAUUCCGCGAACAAUAUCUUUCUACCAGCAAAGACUGCGUGAAUCUCUGCCGAAGUGAAGAGAAAGCCCGGCUAGAUUCCUUGCCGAUAUUGUUUAUUGAGCUGGUGGAAGCGCAGGGAACACAGUGA